AUGGGAUCUCGCUGCCAAGUGAACGGUCAACUUUCAAAAGCCAUUGUUCGAGAAUUCCAUGCCGUGGCUUCUUCAUCAUCCGUUCCAAAAUUCAGUCAAACCCUAACCCAUAUUUCUAUUUCCCAAUUUCUCUCCCCGUGUUCUGUUUCGAGGUUAAAGCACCGAUCCUUGCCCAUUUCGAGAAUCUACUCUGCUCCUCUCGUAACGCAACGAGCUCGCUCUAAAACCGUCGUUUUAGCUGUCCAGUCCAAUUUCCUGAAAGUUCUUAGAACAGCAUGGAACAUUGGAAGAGAUGGAGUUGAAGCCGGAACCAAACUUAUACCUGUAGGUUCAGUUCUUGUCUGAAAUCUGUACAGUUGCCAAACCGAGAUUAGGGUUUGACUUGACUCGAGUGCCUGUUUACCAUUGCGGCUCAAGGAAUCUGUACCGAUACCCGUGACCAGAGUUUCAGUUACAGUUUUUGCGUUGGUGGUUCCAUUGUUUGCUCUCAAGUCAUUCCUAUCAACAGCUAUCUUUGUGUCGGGUACAACGGGCUUUGCAUACUUCUUAUCCAUGGCCCGAAACAAAGGACAAGCUCCUAGACGUGAGGAGGAAGUAGUUCUGGUUUCGAGCUCACGAAAGAUCCACUAGAAGAAGCCAGGAAUAUCACGAAGAAGUACAACUUAAGCAUCAACCGGUUUUGGGAUUGGUACGGUACGGUCACUGUUCAAUACUGCAAUCAAACCGGUUUAGCUUACCAUAUGGGGAGAUGAUUCAAGAUUAGUAAUCAUUCCACAAGCCGCUGCUACAAAGGCAAUGAAGUGGUGGGUCAAAGAAUAUAUGUUAAUGGGAGCAAAAUAAAAAGGUAAAAAGAUGGAAUCAAUGAAGUGGGGUGAAAAAUCAUGAAGGGUUUGCAUGAAAUUGAAAUCAUGGGUUCAAUUUUAAUUCGAAUUUUGUGACAGGAACAUGGCGUGGGUUCGAAAUAGUUGCAUGUGUUGAUAAAGAUGUGACAUUGUUCCUCAUAUCUCAAUCAAUCAUUCAAAGAUUCUGAUGUUUUU